GUAAUGGUGCGCGGGGGGGGGCGGCGGUGCUGGAGAGAGAGUCGGGAUAUAGGACGGACAUCAAACGGAGCCCCGGCGUCAGACGCUCCGCACCUCGUCCGCUGCUUUGCUUCUCCUCAACCGUCAGAUCUGGUGAAGAGAUUCAACAUCACAACAAAGGACAAGAAAAGUGAGAAGGACUUCUGACAUCAGCAGCUGUGGUGGCUACAUGCUCAGCAGUCUUUAGGAGAAACAUCAGAACCAAACUGCAGGAAUCAUGGAUUUCGUGAUGAAGCAAGCAUUGGGUGGGGCCACCAAAGACAUGGGUAAGAUGCUAGGUGGGGAGGAGGAGAAGGAUCCAGAUGCAGCCAAGAAGGAGGAGGAGCGACAGGAGGCGCUGAGGCAACAAGAGGAGGAGCGGAAAGCCAAACACGCCCGCAUGGAGGCGGAGAGAGAAAAAGUACGGCAGACUAUCAGGGACAAGUAUGGGCUGAAGAAGAAGGAGGAGAAGGAGGCAGAGGAGAAAGCUGCCAUGGAACAGGCCUGCGAGGGGUCUCUGACCCGCCCGAAGAAGGCAAUCCCGAGAGGGUGCGGUGAUGACGAGGAGGAAGACGAGGAGAGCAUCCUCGACACGGUUCUGAAGUUUCUGCCGGGACCACUACAGGACAUGUUCAAGAAGUAAAACAGAAACCGAAAGACAUCAAAGGAACCCUGAGAGAGGGGUCCGGUCUGCUCUGGGCCGGGGUCUUUGGGGUCUGGUUGACGAAGGAAAGCCUGUGGGUGGAAUUAUUUGGGGUAUUUCUAAGUAGGAAGGGUUUGAUUGUAGUUAGUAGAAGUUUAGGGAGGGGUCUGACGUUUAGAGGCUGCACACUGCCUUUAGAGAUCUUUUCUUUUGUCCUUUUCUACCUUCCCCUUGAAACUAAAUCUGUCAACCGCUGGUUGCAUGUUUCUUGCGGUUUAUUGCAUUACGGAGAAGCUGAAUCCUUCGAAGGAAAGAGGGUUUUGUUAUUUUUUGUUCUUCAAAUGACACUGCCACUUUGCUUUCCACACCAUACAGAUCGUUUUCUACCUUUAUCGCCUGGUGGAGGGCCUCGUGUUAGAAAACAGCGUUUAGGUUUGUAAGACACGUGCCUUCAUGCCAUUAACAGCAAGGAGUUUGUUUUGGAAUAUUGUGUCAGAUCAUAGAAUAUCCAUCAGAUUUUUCAAGAAGUCUUUUUCAAACCAGAUUCAUGGUGAAAUCCAGUUCUGAACGUUGUUUUAAAGUACUUUCAUUGAACUGCCAGUUGUUUACCAGCUUAGACUGCCAUCAUAGACUGAACUCCUUUGUGAAAAGACAAGAAAGUUCUGGAAAAAAGUUGUCCAGAUCCACAGAGCAUCAAAAGAAAACCGAUCAAAAGUAGUGGUCACAGUGGUCUUCUCCAAACUUGGAGCCCUGCCUCUUCCCAGCCCCCUCCUGUCCUGCCAAUUACCUUAGCCAGGUGGUUCCACUACAGAAAAACUCAACACACCUGGUCCAGGUAAUCAGCAGUAAGUAGAGCGUAAAAAACCUUGGAGGACCAGGGUUAAGACCACUGCUGUAGACAAUCAAAGCAUGAAUUGAUGUGACUCCACAUUCCUCUUCACGUGUUGCCAAUUCAUUUCAAUAGAAAGAACCUGAAGAUAAAACUUUAUUGUCUUCUGCCAUUUUUUUUUUCAGUUUUAAAGAUCUUACAAAUCCAGACCAAAGAAACCCUGCUGAGACCUACUGUUUUUUUUUUUUUGUCACCACUCACCUGUGUGCACCGGCUCUCACUUAAGCUCAGAGUCAGCCAGAAAAAACAUUCCAACUAGCAUUCUGACACUUUUGCAAAAUUUACCAGAACGGCUCUGGUAGAAUCUAAAAACAAUCGGAUCACCAAGGUACAGAACCGAGCUGUGGCGUCAUCUUUGAGUAGAUCCAUCGCAUGAGAAAACAUUCUAGGUAGUGAGAAUACUACAUUUACUGACAGUUACUGGUAACAACAAGGAAAGACCUGAGACCAGUUCCAUAAAGCACCCAACUAUAAAAACAUCUGCACCAAUUUCAAAGAUCUGAUUCCCUUUGCUAGAACUUCCUUUAUCUACACUUGCUGUUAAACCCUGCUGCUCUCAGUGUACCUGAAAGUUGCCAACACAAAGCUGUAACGCCAAGUGGACAAGAAUGGGAAAAUAAGGAACCGAGAUGAUCGUAGAUGGCAUGCAUGGCUUAAAAAGAGAUCUCAGAUGCUUCCUUUAUCUUAUGAAUCGACUGAAGCUCCACCAUCAACAGUUUACGAGAGCAGCCGAGUAUCCGGGUAGUUGAGCGGUGAAUUAAUUCAACAAGCUGUAAGUGUCGAAUGUUCAGGCAGCUAAAAGGGAAAGAGGUCCAUCAGAAAAAUGUUUAGGUUUCUCUGAGCUUCAUCAAAACUCUGUGUGGAUCCUUCCUGGCUGAGCAAUUUAAGAACAAUUCUGCGGAACCUGCUUUUCUUUGCAAACAUAAGAAUAUAAAAAUAAGGCUGACACCGCCCCCCCAGCAGAAAGAUGUCAUGACAGAUAAGCAGCUUCUUGGCAGCAAAACAACAGCUGAGUGUGGAAUAGAAUAAAAAAGGAUUGCUUCAACCGAGCAGUACAGUACGGUCCAGACCAGACCGGUAUUUUGAGCCUGUCCAUUAUGAAACAAAUCCAUUAAGCCAGAGUGAACCUUACCAUUUUUAGGCUCCCGUUGGUUGUCGGUCUAUUGAAAAAUAGAACGGUUAGGGUGGAGCUACUGUAAAGGCCCGUUGAUUAGCUGAAAGAAAGAAAGUUCCAGGAAAAUGCUUGUAUUCCUCUUCGCCGCCCGCAAUCUUCUCUCAAACAGCAUGAAAUGCUUUGUAGAUACGACGAACCAAAAGCCAAGCAGGAAAAAACUGAGCUGCUGGAUGACGUUGUUGUUACCUUCACCCUGCAUGCAACGUGAUGGUCCAACUUUGAGUGGAAAUGCUCCCCUGAAUUUCCUGGACCAUUCUUAACCAGACCGGAAAAUACAUACCGCUCAGUGGAAACGUGGCUGUAGUGAUUCCUAGUCCACUUGGUUUGACGAUGUUCCCGUCCAGAAUAAAUCAGUUACUGUGGAUGCAAAAAUUACAACAGUUUCCAAAGGGGUCUUAGCCCUUUGUUGGCACUCCCAAUUAUCUUAUAUAAACAAAUCAGCCUCAAGUCAUUAGAAUUGUAAAUGUUUAAUUAGUUUGUCCCAAAAAAAAAAAAAAGAGUCUUCCCAAAAUCUUCUCUUUCGCUUCUGGUAAUAGGGAUAUGCUUAAAAAAAGAAAACUUUAGGAAAAGUCGGGAAAAACAUUUACGUAGACUCAGGUGAGUGCAGACUAAGUUGUGCAUCAGUGUGUGAGGAUCUCAGAGAUUUGAAUAAUCUGUGCAUCUUCAAGUCAAAUUUGUUUGAUUUUUGUUCUCCAACAAGUUGCAAACUUUUGCAAACACAGUGAGCAGAAUGGGCUCAUCUAGCAAACAUUUUGUUUGCUAAUCUAACAAACAAAACACUAAACUAGCUUUUUCUUUAUAUUGUUGUAAAAAAUAUAUUCAACGCAAUAGAUUCUUUUUGAUUAAAUACCCAAGGUGCAUUGUGGAACUGAUCCAGCUGGCACAUUCAGCAGAUAUAUACGCAGAUAUACGCACUGCAAAACUUAUUUUAUUUUCUUGUUCAGAUAGGACUUCACUAGAAAAAGCCAUAUUAUUUAGAUCGCAAUAAUUACUUUAAGCGUUAAAAAAGUAUGAACAUUGAAGUUGAACUGUCUUGUUUGUUUUCUGUGCAAAAAAACCUCAACAUAAAGUCAGAAUUUAGACAUUUGUUUGUACAUUUCUCCCUUUCCUCUCUAAAAUUGCUUAAACACAUUUACAUCAAGAAAAUGUACGUAAAGAAAAAAAAGAAGCCAUUGUCGGAAAUGUCUUAAUGUGAUAAACGUGUACCGUAAGGGUGUGUUUCUAUGUGUGUCUUUCUACAUGUCUGUAAUGUGAAACCAUGUUGUCCUGGUUGAUCCUACAUGUAAAUUUGUCUUGAAGCUGUUUUGUGCAGAAGCAGAGGCCUCCUAGAUGUGCCAUGUCUUAAAAAAUAACAUAAAAACUACACACACAAAACUUAACACAUUCCAUUUAAAUGUUGAGCAUGCAAAUAUUUCUUAGAAACAAUAAUAAACCAAAUGUAAAAUAAAUAAAUAAAUUAAAAAAAAUACUAUGUUUGAAGAUUUUCAGUCCUCCAGCUCAUGUUCUCACAGGGUUCUUCAGGUCAACUGGACCUUAGAGGCUGAUCUAGUAGACGUUUCUCAGCUCAUCUGAGUUUCUCCUGCAGUUCUGAGACCAUUAGUCUUUCUUUUCUAAGACCACCCCCAUUUUUUUACUGAACUAAUCCAUUGAAGGCUUUAAUACACAGUUUAGCUUCCAAGAUAACAUUGUUUCUAUAUAAACAAACUAUUUGAAAAGAAUCUACUAAAAAGAAUUAUAGACACAAUUAUUGCAAAUGUUCUUCUUAAUUCUAACUCAAAAUUAAAACCUCCAAGCAUGCAGAGAAUGAAAGAUUUAAAAAAAUAUAUUUUAACAGUUUCUUUCCCAGAAGUCUUUAAAAUGCCUACAUUUACACAUUUAAACAUCAUACUUUAGUUAGUUUUGUCACUUGGACUGUUCAGACCGUCCAUUUCUUCUCUGUACAGGAUGAGUAACAGACCGACAUACUGAAGGAUCAAAUCUUUCUUUUGUCGUGUUCUCACUUCCACUCCUCACUUUUAAUGCAAUUUUGAUUUUUAACGCAUCUCAUGGGGAAUUUAAUGGAAACACUGUCGUCAGAACCAGAUGCAAACAUUUUCAGGUGGAACGAAGAAAUAAUCAUAGAAAAACGUCACAGCAUGAUGCUUUUUAUUCUGUCUCUAUUCAAUCUGGCUUUAGGACAUCAAGCUCAAAGGCUUUUAUUAUAUAGUAGAAGGUUAGGGGAAGAGAGCAUGUGCGGUCAAAAUGUUUUUUUAAAUCAGGUUUUGUAGAUGUGGGAGGAGCCAGACGAUUUUUUAACGCGCCGUUGGAGCAUCUUGUUGAGAACAUUCACCCAGAUUGUGUUUUGCUGCUUCAACAUACUGCUCCUCACUGGGACUUCCACAGUUUCUCUCCAGGCUAAGCCCCCUUUACCUGCAUGAAGUCAGCUCAGACUCCCACCUGCCUGAAAAUUAGCGGAGGAAAGGGUCAGAUCCUGGCGUCUCUUCGCGGAAACUACAGCCAUACGUCCUCUGCAUGUAAACCUGGACUCACGUGGAGGCGCCACCACCCGUGGACCGCCUCUGAAAAGGGCUACAACUCUGUCGUCUGUGUGUGGGGGUGGAGGUACUGUCAAGCAUCCACCAUGUCUUUGCUCGUCCUGGAGUUGUGUUUUAAUCCAUUCUGCUUCAGUCUGUUCUGUGUCAACACCCCGCCGUCAGCGUCUUUAGGGCAUACGCUAGGUUAUGUAUUUAGGAGGUGGAGGUGGACGGAUGCUCUCUCCAUUCUAAUGUUAAUGGGGGGAGGGGGGCUGUCCCAGCAUCUUUUAGUUUUAAGAGCCCAGAUAUUCUAACCCACAGCGAAGCCUCUUCUUCUCGCUCCGUUUCUCUCGUUAGUCAGACUUUAUAACAUUUCUCUUAUGCCGAGUCCUGCCGCUCCACCUGUGGAAGUCGACUAUGGGACUUGUGAUUUCUCCAAGUCCUUUUCCACUCCCACUGUGAGGAUCAAACUCUACACAUUCCAGUCUUUUUGCACUAGAGCGUGUUACACUGGCAGCUACUCUGUUGUCCACACAAGCCCGAAAAAAACAAACGGAGGGUUUCUGAUCAUGUGACCUCGCAGAGAAAGACCCAGAACCACAAACACAUACACAGAAGUCAUGCAGACUAUGUUAUUUUUAAAAAAUAACAAAGUUCCUCUCCCAGAUUUAUUUUAUUUUUUUGUUUAGUUUAAAGUUAAAUAAUUUUAGGGUGCAGAAGUUAAGAAUGUAAAAUAUGUGUUACGCUGUUUUUCUUUGCUGCAUGUCAUCUAUUCCAUGUGAAGCCCAGUCACUGUCCAGAGUCUCACCAACAAAACUGAAUCUUUUUGGGAAAGAAAAUGCAUUCCACUAAUAAAAAAUGUUUGUUAAAAUCAA